AUGUCGAGUAAUAAGUCUCCAACGAAGUUGAAAAACGCGGAGAACCCCGGCGGUGUCGGCGAGGGCGAUGUAGGACAAGAAAUUGAAGGGAAAAAGAAGUUUGCUCCUCGCUUCGAUUUUGGAAAACGAUGGCAUCGCUUUCGGAUUCUAACGCCACAUUCGUUCAUUCUUCGGGGUUCCCACGCGAUGAACGAUCUCCGAUUCAAGUACAGAAGCCGAGGACGGCAAGCAGCACCGUGCUCGGUGGUGGCCAUCGUUUACGGCCGCCUGUUCGAGCCGAAGAAGUGGACCACCGAUUAUGUUGAUCAAGUGCUCGAGUACGGCGACAAGCUGUUCCGCGUGAGCGCGACACGAAACCGGCUGAAGGACGACGAAUACAUGAAGACCGGCCUCGUGCACAACGAGUUCUACGUCGGCUUCUACAAGAUUCUAGUCGGCAUCGAAGACAGCGGUAUCCGCGGCAACCUCUUCAGCGAGUCGAUCGGCUGCUCGGACUUCGCUGAGGGUCUGCGAAAAUUCCUGCGGGACAAUGAUUCCGGAGUAAUCACUGCUCAGGGUAAUUCCGUCGCCGUGUGGCGUCAAUCGCCCGACGUCUUCCUCUAUUACGAUCCGACUUCGUGCGACGAAAACGGACUGCGUCAUCCCGGCGGUGCAGCCUGCCUGAUGAGAUUCAAGAACAUCAACGAUCUGCGCGAACACCUGUUGAAGAACCUGGAUCGGCGCUACGACUCGCGAUACUGCAUCGACAAGAUCAACAUACUGCGCGUUACAGAGGUCGGUCAAGGCUUCAUCGAUCGUCUGCCCGGUGUCAUCGGUCCGCCGCAGGUUCAGAAGAGCGUUCUGCGCUCCAUCAAUCCGGACGUCGACGAGCACAAAGUAGAUUGCACGAAGCCGGUGCCGAAGGACGACAAGCUCCGCGCCGCUCCUGCGAAGAUACGCAAGGAGCCGCUGUCCAUCACCAUUUCGAAUUACAGCAUCGAUCGUCGCUUCGCGACGGAGCCGCUGGUGAACCGAAAUGACUUCGACACCGGAUACACCUACGACGAUAUGCGCGUGAACGUGCCGUCCACGUUCGAGGAAUUGCCUAACAAAAUAGCGAUCCUUCACGGUCUGACUCACGAGGGCAGCGAGGUGUACAAGGGCAAGGGCGGUCAGAAUGUGGCGAACUGCGUGACGGCCAUCGCCAUGAAUAAGAUUCAUCCGGUGAAGACCUGGUUGAAGCCGAGGCUGGACGAGAUUCUGGCGCUGGGCGACGCGCUCUACGCUCAAGUCAAGUCCGAGAAACCGGCACUGAAGACGAUGACGGCCGCCGAUCUGGACGACACGAGGCUUCGAAUAGAGGAUCGCAAACUGGUGGUGGACGUCGACCUGAUCACGGUGACCGGCACGAUCAACUCGAAAGUGCCGUCGGUGUUGAACCUGAAGCAGGCGCUGGAGGAGUUCUUCUUGGUGAACAAGGAGGGCGUAAUCGAGACGACAUCCAUGGCGGUGGCGGUUUGGAGCCAGAACGACUGUUACUAUCUGUUCGAUCCCCGAGCUUGCGACGCCACCGGCGUCCACGUGAAGGAAGAGAAGGCUGCCAGGCCGGCGGGGAGGGGGCGGGAGGAGGAAACUGCACAGAGGCGUAAAAAGGAACCAGGGCGUUGCUGCGUGAUUCGAUUUCCGAAUCUCACCUCGCUGGCCGCGCUCUUCCCGAAGAACGUCGAUCCGGCGAAGAAAAACGAUCGCUUCACCAUCCGACAUAUUGCGAUCGUGGACGACGUGCCGGGCACUCGAUCCUGGAACGAAUUCCAGCCCGGUGUGGCGGGUGAAACGUGGGUGUUGCGCGGCAAUAUCUCGAACGUUGACGAGUUAUUCGAGGAGGAGAAUCAAGGGCUUCAGGGUCUGGCUAUGCCAGUGGUGGCUCUGAUCAGCGCGAGAGAAACGCCACCGGCGAAGUGGGACAGCGAGACCAUCGACGAGGCGGUCAGAGAGGGCAAUAAUUACUAUAACUGGACCAAGCCCGUCGAAGCGGAGGAAGAAACGCCGUUUCUCGUUCAGGACCUGAAGAAGAAUUUAUAUUUCAUGAAUCGUAAGACGACCAUCGACAUCGAGGAGGCGGCGGUCGUCGGCGAUCUUUCGGCGCCGAAAGAUUCUGAACUGCCGAAUUUGGAGAAGGGACUGCGUCAGUUCUUCGAGAACAAGCAGUACGGAAUAGUCGAGGUGAAGCGGUUCGCGGUGGCAGUGUGGAAAGUCGAAGAAGAGGUCAAGGACAAAGGAAAGCAAACGUUCUACUAUUACUUCGACCCGAAUCCGCGGGAUAAGCUCGGUCAAUUGUCGGCGGAGAGAGACGAGGAGAAUUUCGCCUGCGUGGUGCGCACUUCGAAUCUCUCAGCGCUGGCGAAUCUCAUCAAGAAAAACGCGGGACAAGACGCUGAACGCGGGAUUGAUUUCACGAUCCACGAGCUAAAGAACGUCUCCAUCGGCGCGUCGAUGACGGACGAGGAAAUCGAGGCGGACAAAAGAGUGCCGAUCACGCCGGAUUUAAAUAAUUAUUCCAAUCUAGGCAGCAACGGUGCCCUGCUUCUGGGCACCGUCGAUCAAAGAAACGAGGCAGCCUUCAAACGGCAGACGAGGGACAAGCAGCAGGCUGCCAACUCUCUGGCGGCUUUGGCCAUGACGAAGCUCUACAAUCCCCAUCUGUGGUAUCGCGAGAUGGUGGAUGACAUUCUGAAAAUCGGCGACAAGCUCACCGCUAAGAAUUUAGUGAAUCUGCCCGAGGAGGAAGAAGAAUCGCCCAGGAACUAUCUCUUGCCGUCGGAGAUCGAGGCGGACUUCCUUAUAGGCGUCAAUCGAAUGUCGAUCGCUCUUGAAGAGGAAACCGUCACCGGCAGUGUGGCCGACGUGACGAGGCUGCUAGAGCAGUUCUUCGACGUCGACGCGAUGGGCGUCUUUCGGCAAAACGACGUGAUAAUGCCGAUCUGGCGAGAAGGGAAUGUGUUCUUCACGAUGGAUCCUCGAGGCAGAAAUGCCCAAGGUGAACCGAGAGACAAGGAUGGAGCCGCAGCAGUGAUGUGGUUCACUGAUAUACCCUCGUUAGCGAACGUUCUUCGGCAAGUCGCGCGGGGUGAUAAUUUCGUCAUUGACGUUGUGGCGAUCGAAAACGCGUACGAGACGCGGGUGGCCGAGGCUCAACGAGUGAAAAAGACCACUUCUGCGGACGAUUUGUGGCAUCAUUUUCCGAAACUCGCUGAUGGUGUGUGGAGCAUCGACGGCAAUGUCGCCAUGACGGACGAGAGAUUCGAUGAGGCAAAUCGCGGCAAGCAAAGUGCGGCCGUCACCGCAAUAACUGUCGUCUUCUCGAAGGUCUAUCAACCAAAAUACUGGACGCCGUCCAUUCUUGAUGAAGUCAUCAUCACCGGCGACAAACUACAUUCAAAGUGCGUCGAGCGACUCGGCGUGGGUUCGGUGCCCUUAAUAAACGAGAUCAUCAGUGAGUUCUUCCUGUCCAGUCGUCGCAUUGCUUUGACAAUCAAGGACUGCGUUCAAGCGGGCAGCCUUAACGAGAGGCCGUCCAAGGUUCAAGAUCUGCAGAGCGGGAUCGACAAUUUCUUCGAUAAAUACGAUGCCGGUGCGUUAACCGCGCAAGGAAAUCGAAAUCUGGCGAUAUGGAAAGCCAACAACGUGUAUUACGCUCUGAUACCCGAUUGGUCCAUCGCCAACGAAGAGACUCUGGUACCGCGAGUGUUCAGAUUCAGAGACACGAAUCUCCUCGUUGAAUACCUUUUGCGUCAUUUGGGAAGAGAAGGCGACUAUCAGAUCGCCGCGAUUGACGUUUUGGAUUCGAACAAGCUGCCACCGUGGAAAUUCGAUCCCAGCCCGGCGAUCCGACCGGCGAAUCUGCCUCCUUUGAAUGCUUACAGGAGAUUGCAGGGCGAGGCGCGAGCGAUCCUGCGUGGCAGCUAUCACCAGGGCGACGAAAUCUUCCCUGAGACGCUGCGCAAUCGACAAACUGCGGCAAAUUGCAUUGUUGCACUCGGCAUGUCGGUCGUGAAAUGUCCUGUCACCUGGACGAAGAAGACCAUGGACGAGAUCCUGGCGAUCGGCAGUGGAGUUCAUCGGGAAACAAGAAAGGCCAGACCCACCAAGUUGAGAUUGAAACCAAAAGAUAUUAUCAGAGUAUUCUACGUGGGUGUCAACGUUCUGACUGCUGACGUCGAGCCCAAUACAGUGACUGGUCUGGUAGCAAUUACGCCCCCCGACCUGCAAGAGAAAAAAAAGAAGGUACAAGAAGAGAAAAAACAGAAAGUAGAAAGAGACAGAACGAAAGUCCAAGAGAUAAAACAAGACCAAGAGUCGCCUCUUCCUUCGAUUUUACUCGAGGAAGGUCUGCGGAAAUUUUUCCAGGAUAACCGCGCGGGCAUUCUCGUGACCGAUCGCGGUAUGAUUGCUAUCUGGAAAGAUCUGGGCGUCUACUUUAUGUACGAUCCUAGAGCUAGAAGCGACCAGGGUUUGUCGAAUCCCCACGGCACCUCGUGCGUGAUGUGGUUCGCCUGCAUGGAGCCUCUGCACGAUGUUAUAUUCGCCAACAUCGAUCCGCAGGAAAAAUACGGGCCUUUCGAGAUCUGUCGGAUAAUCAUAAAGACCGCAAUAAUAGAACCCUUGCCAAGCCCGGCUGGUUUCCGACCUUACUUCGACCGUGCUGCGACGCCCGGCUCGAUCACCUCGAAGAAGAUCACCACGCUGGACGUGGAGCCGCUGUGCGAGUACAACAUCGUCGACGACGAUCUCAGCGUGCUGCUCGGCAACCUGCACAUGAAUCAUCGCACCUUCGGCCUGAAAAACAGAGGUCUGCAGAGCACGGCAAUCGCGGCGGUGGCCAUCGUUGUGGGAUUGCUGCAUGUGCCGUCCACUUGGACGCCCGAGCUGAUCGACUCCGUGCUGAAAUACGGAGACGCGUUGCACUCGGACAGCGUCCGAGCCGCUCGGCCAGGCGCCAGGAACCUCUCGCCCAGCGAGCUGCUCACCGUCUUCAUCGUGGGCGACGUUCGGGCUACGGUACACAUUCACAAUCACACCACAGCGGGGAUACUUCACGCCUUCGACCUGGCCGAGGCGCUCGCCGUGUUCUUCCGUGCGAACUGCGCCGGGAUACUGCACACGACCAACCUGGCGGUGGCCGUGAUGCAGCAUUACGGUAAGUUCUACAUGUUCGAUCCGUGUCCGAGGAAUGAUCGGGGAAGACCGGCCUACGACGGCGCCGCCUGCGUGUUCCGAUGCGACAGCAUCGCGAAGAUGGCAAAGAUCUUCGUGGCUAACUGCAACCUCCGACGACCGAAUGUGUACACGUUAAACGCAGUCAACGUGUUGAAUCUACAUUUCUUCUCAGACGCGAGGAACGUUUGUCCGUCCAAGUGAGAAGAGUGACGUUUUUCUUCGUCAAUUCUGCAUCCUUGUGCAACGGUGAAUUGUAAAAUAAAUGCUUGUAAAAAUGUUUUAGAGUACGAGAAGAUACGCUUAAGCGAAAGCCUGAAAUAAAAUUUGUAAGAUGAACGGGGAGAGGAUAAGUAACUCGUGUACGCGGCCGACAACGUUCUCAAAGUGCUAAUUUUAUUUAUAGGUUUUCUUUAUGACACAAAUCACUUUUAGCAUCUACAUGAGUAGGAGAUACAGGCUAUACGAGAAUGAAUUUAAUACAGAUCACUUAUUAGUGUAAAUACAAUGUUCCUUUUCUUCUCGAUUACACGCUAUCAACCUAGAUACUUAAAAAACACUGUACAACGCAGUUGAGAACUGUCGAUUGAUACUUUACAAUAUGGUACAACCACUCCUUUUGAAGCGAGACACGAGCUCCGAAUCCGACUUGUCGGCUCGAGCGGAGCCUUGGCCAUCCUUAUCACCGGAAGAAGGGUGCAAGUUUGGUCGUACUUGCGAGCGAUAAACCCUCUCCUCUCGAGCGGACUCUAGGCCGUAUCGAGCGAGUUUGUCCGCCGCGAGGAUCAUACGUAUUUUGCGUCCCGGAAAGAGGUACACGCAUCUGUCUUUUCCCUAACGCGCAUUCUCGGGACAUCGAACACAGUGCCUCCGCGUCUCUAAGUCAGUCCGCCGUCGAAUCCAUCGCGACGUUGUCUCGUUUCUAGCAAAGUGAAAAUCAAGGCGGCGAGACGCGAGCGGCCUCGAAAAUACUUCCACGAGAGGGCUGGCACUCCGCCCUCCCCUCGCAUAUGAUUGUCCAUCGAGGAGACCAUUUCCGCUCGCGUCACCCCCCCUCGUGUACAGUCAUCGUAAUUCUUCAUACAUACACGCACACAAUAAUCAAACAUCGCACGACUUCGCGAGUCUUGUUUUCUCGUAGUGGUUAACGUCUGUCAGUACAACCGGUUGAUAGUGUCGCUGGUCCACCGCCGCCGUCUUCUUCUUCUUCUUCUUCUUCUUCUUCUUCUUCUUUUCUCUCGCGCCCGUCUCUCGUGAGACGUCGCCGGUCGUCCUUGCCCCGUACUUAGUCGAUAAGUAGAGAUACUUCGGUUCCUCGAUCGAACGUGCUCGCGAGAGCUCAUGUUUCCCUUACGUUAAUUUCGAGAGCCUGGAGUACUCAGUAAAUUCAUUUUCUUACUUGGUUUCGCGAUUUGACAAGACAUAGAUCAUUUGGUGAGAGAGAUCAAGAUGCGACUUAACGUUACGCUCGCAAGUAGAUUCAUACUAAAUGCCGUUUUCAGUCUGUUUGACGACGUGUUCGAUCGACAAACGAAGAAUGCGGGAAAGAAGGGAGAGGAGAACGAUGGGAUGAAGUGAAGAGGGCGAUGGGAGGGAAAGGGCGAAUUCGCGUCGGUAGGCCCGUGCUCUGUGACUGACAGAACGAGGUUGAACGAAUUGUAAUGUAAAAAAAAAAUACAAUAUGCAUUAUCGGUAUAUUGGCAUGGUGUUGUUAUGGCACAUUCAGUUUGCUGCUCUACUCAGCGACGCGUUUCUACAGCGGCCCUCGCCAUGCUCGCUGUACAGAACCGUGUGAUUCAGUCGUCUUACAAAAAAAAAGAAGAAAAAAUAAAGGGAAAGAAAAAUACAUUGCGGAAGAGAGAGAGAAGGGGGGGAAAAAAAAGCAUUUUCACCGAUGUCGCGCGCACACUCUCGCACGAUAUCCGUUUCCAUUCCACAUAAAUGCGCGACAAUCGUUCACAUUCUCUCGCGCUCUCUCUCUCUCGUUGGCACCUCCCAUUGCACUUUCCCAUGCGCUGCAACAAAUGCACCUUAUAAAACGUACUUAUUUUAUGUACAAAAGAGAAACUGCUCCCUAAACAAACGCUCGCAGAACAACCGUGAUAAAAAAUACCCUACUACAUAUUUUUCAGAUUUUGAGAUCGGUGACAUAAUAAUUAUUAGAAUUGCACCGAAAUAUUGUGUAGCGCAACAGUUAAUCGCUUGAAUGAUUGUGCAGUCGGCGUGCUCGAAAUUGCGCAACUCAAGUUUCUAUUAAAUCAAAAUACUAUUAUAAAAGAUGCCGCUGUAAAAUAAUUUUAAAAAAUCUCUGUUGCUUUUCUUUCUCUA